AUUAAGAUAAUAUAUUUAUAGAGUGAGAGAGAGGGGGGGAAUGUAGAGAGAUUUCCUGAGAUGUUUGUCUGUCAUUAAUAUUAUAAUUAACCAAAAAAAAAAAACCAAAAAAAAAAUCAAGAAAAGAAAACAACCCUUUUCUUGGUUGAGUUUGUGGAGCGGUGGGUUCACAUUUAUAGUGUGAAUCUCGGGUUUCUUGCUUGUGAUCUGGGUUUGGUGGUGUUCUUGAUUUUCAGGCAAAAAAAAUUAAGGUAGGGGGUUUGAAGAAAUUUUUUCAUUAAUAUACUUGUGUAAGAAAAGGGCAUCUCCAAAAGAAUCUUUUGAUUGCUGAGGUGAAAAGUGAAAACAGAAGAAGUGGGGUUUGUUUGAAUCUUUCUCAAUUGUAAUUUCUACCUGUAAAGAUUAAAUUUUUAUUUCAUUUUUAUUCACCUCUAUAUAUAUAAUUUCUCUUGACAAAGUCAGUUCCAGCUUAUAGCUAAUACAGGAAUCUGUCUUCAUCAAGACAAAAACAAUUGUUUAAUGAUCAAUUUGUUACUUGCAAAACCGGUCCAUGAUGGCGAAAUUCCGCCUCCCUCUUUCCCAAAUCGAUCAGACCUAAUCGAAAAUAUGCAAUUCUUGCAUUUCUGUGUUCUUCCCGAUUUUCGGAUAUAGAAAGAGUGGUGAUUUUUAUUCAAGAUUUUGAUUUGUGGGGUUUGUUUGUUUGUUAUAUAUAAAUAUUGCGGGGGAAAAUGGGAUUUUUGAGUAUUGUGGGGAAUUCGUUCGGUUGUUCGGCAUCCGGCGAGCGUUUAGUCUCUGCAGCAAGAGACGGAGAUCUUCAAGAAGCAAAGGCAUUAUUGGAUUAUAAUCCGCGCCUCGCUCGAUAUUCCACUUUCGGUGUUCGUAAUUCUCCGUUGCAUUAUUCUGCAGCUCAAGGUCAUCAUGAGAUCGUUGCACUUUUGCUCGAAUCCGGAGUUGAUAUUAAUCUUAGAAACUACCGCGGACAGACUGCCUUGAUGCAAGCUUGUCAAUAUGGGCAUUGGGAAGUUGUUCAGACACUAAUACUCUUUAGAGCAAAUAUACACAGAGCGGAUUAUUUAAACGGAGGAACCGCACUCCACUUAGCAGCACUAAACGGUCACACCAGAUGCAUACGCCUUCUAUUAGCCGAUUACAUUCCGAGCAUCCCUAAUUUUUGCAGUAUUUUGAGGAAAAAAUCGAGAAACGAGGAAUAUAUUUCCGAGUUCGACGAAGGUGCGCUUUACGAUGUAAUAAGUAGACCGGCCGAUGGAGGUGUUACCGCCCUUCAUAUGGCUGCACUGAACGGCCACGCGGAAACGGUUCAUCUACUUCUCGAUUUAGGGGCUUCGGUAAAUGAAGUCACGAUUGAAGAUGGCACUACAAUUGAUUUAAUAGGUGCUGGAAGCACUCCACUCCAUUACGCUGCAUGUGGCGGUAAUGCACAGUGUUGUCAGCUUCUAAUUGCCAAGGGUGCGAGUCUGACCACAGAGAACGCAAACGGAUGGACGCCGUUGAUGGUUGCUCGAUCGUGGAAUAGAGAUUGGCUUGAAGAUAUUCUAAGCCGAAGGCCAGGUGGCAGGCCGAGACUCAGUCCUUCACCGUGUUUAUGCCUUCCUCUCAUGAGCAUUGUCGAAAUUGCUAGACAAUGUGGAUGGAGAAGUAGCGAUUCGCCCAGCUCCGGGUGUAUAGAUCCAUGCGUCGUUUGCUUAGAGAGAAAGUGUACAGUUGCUGCAGAAGGUUGUUUCCACGAGUUUUGCACACACUGCGCGCUCUACCUUUGCUCAACAAACACCGCCUCAAACGGGGGCCACGGCCCCCCGGGCUCAAUUGCCUGCCCACUAUGCCGCCACGGCAUAGUCUCUUUCGCCAGGCUGGCAGGGACAGAACCGAUAAUAACGAAAGAAAUCGCGAGAACGAGCUUAUCUCUACCCUUUUGCACAUGCUCAACAAACGAAUUUGCCGACACAAACAACAAUUCUCUGGAAACACCGUUGGAUUUCCACUGCGCUCGUUUUCCUUCGCCCAUCGGAGCAUCUUUUAGAUCGCUGAGCUGUAAAAGAUUCCCUUCGGUGAAUUGCAUGGGAGUUUCGGAAAGUUCUACUAGUCCUUGUUUGGUUAGGUGUUCGACGAGAUCUUCGAGUUUUAGGCGGUCGAAUUCGCAGAGUGACGGCAGGAAAUGGCUGUGUUCUUUGAAUCAUAGUAGCUACUGCUGAUUGUUAUUAUACAUGGUUGAGAAUUAAUUUUAUUAUUUUUUUAUUUGUAUUGGUUUGUGAAAAAGUUGUUUGGGUAAAUAUGCAAUUGUUUAAUUUGUGAAAAAGGAGAUCAUAUUUUUGUUUGUGGUUUACAUGAAUUUUGUAUUUUGAGAGAGGGAA